GAGAGGGAACGAGAAUAUCGGCUAAUCCGGAAUAUAUUAGCGUCCCUGAUUUAACUUUAACCAAUUCCUCUUCAUUAGAUUUCCUCUGGUCGACGGGCCAUGAUUCACUGGGUAGCGAUCACGUUCCGAUUACUAUUAACAUACUUAAUCAACAAACAAGAUCUUGUUCUAUCGACCCUCAUCAAAAGAGAAGAGGCAAAUUACUCAUGGAUAAACUAGACCAAGAAAUCUUUAGCGAGAACAUUAAUGUAGCGAUGUCUACUCUUCCAGAGAUGGCUGGAAGCGGAGCAGAAUUAUAUGAGAGUUGGUAUAACAAAGUCAUCGAAUGCGCCCUCGUAGCAGGAGCUAAAGUCUCGGACGGGUCUGGCGGACUUAAGUUUUUUGAUGCGAAUAAAAAGCGUAUGGUGGAAACGCACCUCUACAAUAAAUCGACCAACGCCCAAUAUAAUAAUCAUAAUAAAUACACCAAACAGAAUAUUAACAAGCCAUGGUGGGAUGAGGAAUGCCGAAAGGCAAUCGAGGAGAGAAGAUUGCACUUCCGAAAUCUUUCCAUACGUCCUUCAAGGGAAAACCUAUUAGCAUAUAGAAUAGCGUCUCAAUCUGCUCGAAAGGAAGUUUUGGAGUACAAUCAAAAAGUUUAAAAAAGCUGCCUUCCUCAAUCCUCUACCGGCUCCUGACGAGAGCAAAAAGAAAUUAGUGAGGGAUUUUAUCGACGAUUACGCUCCCCCAUGGGUGAGUGAGGAUUUUGAAUCUGGUGUCUCUCCUAAUUCAGUUCACUCCUUUUUCCUACAUCCUUUUAAGUGUUUUGAGGUUCGGGAGUGCAUUCUCCGAUCUCGUUCCGAGAGUAGUCCUGGACCGGAUAUGAUAGGAUAUGACUUGCUCAAAAUGCUUCCUCUCUCAGCUCUCGAGCAAUUAACGCGUGCUU